AGAAAGGCGACAGUACAAGAAACACACAGAAAGCAACACUGAAGUUCUGUAGGACACUGAGAUUUAAUAUCAACUGCUACUUUCCGAAAAAGAUACAAAUAUUAUAUUAACAAAUAAGCAUGAAUUUUGUCAUCAUGGCGACACUGUCGAUACUCCUGACGCUGAGUGUGUGGAUAUCUGGGGUCAGAGGUCAUGGUCGACUGCUGGAGCCCCCGGGUAGGGCCAGUAUGUGGAGGUUUGGCUACAACUCUCCCCCAAACUACGACGACAAUCAGCUCUUCUGUGGAGGAUUUAAUCGUCAAUGGAAAAUCAAUGGCGGGAAAUGUGGUGUUUGUGGCGAUCCAUGGGAUGGACGACGUGAACACGAGGCUGGCGGGAAGUAUGCCACCGGAACUAUUGUCCGCCAUUACAGCGAGGGACAGACAAUCACAGUCAAUGUCCAGAUAACGGCGUCACACAAGGGUUACUUCGAGUUCCGCCUGUGUCCUCACAACAACCCCAGUACCCGUGUGUCCCAGGCGUGUCUGGACCAGCAUGUCCUACAGCAGACAGACGGCAGUACUCGAGUGUAUGAGGCUGGUCAUCCCACCACUAAUACAGUCCAUCUCAAACUUCCGACCGGUGUCACGUGCUCUCAGUGUCUUCUUCAGUGGAAAUACAACGCAGGGAACUCGUACGGCUGUGACGGAACAAAUUGCUGUAUCGGAUGUGGAGAACAAGAACAGUUUUACGGCUGUUCUGACGUCAGUAUAGGUUCUGUUGAUGCUCCGUCAUAUUCAUCCGAACAGAUUUCCUCGUCUGUCAAUCAUCCGGUCAACAUUUCACCUCAGGGACAAACUCAGACUGCAGGAAUUCAUUUCCAGCCUCUGUCCUCUGUCCAGCAUCAAGGACAAUUCAUACAGACUCCACAGUCCUCUGGCUAUAUACCACAGAACAUUAAUCCUGUCAGUGUAGGGUCUGUCGGGGCAUCCGGACAACUUCACUCGUCUGUCUAUCAGUCAGCCCAGGUCAAACCACAAGAAUCGGCUCAUACGUCAGGUNCGAUUCUCUCGUCUGUCUUUCACCCAAUCAACGUCAUACCUCAGGGACAAACCCAAACUUCAGGGAUUCACUUCCUACUCCCGUCCUCCGCACAGCAUCAAGGACAAUCCAUACAGAACCAUAAACCAGCUGGUUAUGUACCUCAGAACGCCUUUCCUUUCAUUUUCGGUCAUUUGUUUUCCGGUGUAACCGGAAGUCAGCCAUGUAAAGCUACUCCUCGAUACCGAGCCGUCUACCAGUACGCUGACAAGUACUGUGCGGUACAGUGUAGUAGAGGCAACUGUCCGGGUCUACAGUACUGUACAUCGGCGUGCCGGAGGUCGACAGGUGGCAAGUAGCGUAUUUAAAACUUUUACAAAAAGCACUGUGUGUUUACAAUACGCUCAAUUUUCUAUUCACAUGUCAUCAUUCUUUAUCGAUGAAUUGUUAAUAUUAUUAUUUAUCAUCUUUUUACAUUUAUAUUGUUCUCGUGCAUAAUACAUUGUCAGUGCCAAAGACAUACAACAUAUAAUAGCACAUUGUUUGGUGUUAGUGAAUGAUGCCACACAUCGACGUUUUAUAACUUUCUAAGAUGCUUUUGUCAUGAUGUUAUCAUUUAGUGUAUAAUAUAGCAUUAUGAAUAUAUAUAUUUUGUA